CCUUCCAAUUUUACAGUGAUAUCUAUAAAACUGCCCUAUUUUUGCUCCACCCUUAUCCCUCUCCAAAACCCCAACCAAACGCCGCUUCUUAUCUUUCUUUCUUCUUACACAAGUUUCAUCGAAAACCCAGAACCAGAACAACUGUAGAAGAAGAAGAAGAAAGAUAAGAAACAAUGGCUUCCAUUACCGGUGUCUCUUUCAUGUACCAGUCACCCAGUUUGGAACCUUACAGGAGAGUCUCAUCUUGUACCACAACCACUGCUUCAGCGCCCCCUUCUUCUUCCUCUUCUUUGCCAUUUCCCGAUAAGUCUCACUCCAACAGUGUUUUGAGAGCUUAUUACAACAAGGGUGGGUCUCGUCUGGGUCUUAGCUUAGUGGCUUCUGUAAUUGCUACUCCCAAUUCGGUACUAAGUGAAGAAGCUUUCAAAGGGCUUGGUGAUUUUGACGAGGAAUCUGUUGAUGUUAGUGACUACGAUGAGUACGAUUCCGAAGGUGAGCCUGGUUCUGUCCCUGUUGAUGGUGAUGAGCUUGCUGUGGCCAAGUUGGGUCUUCCUGCUCGUCUUGUUGAAAUCUUGGAGAGGCGUGGAAUUACUAACCUUUUCCCUAUCCAGAGAGCCGUUCUAGUCCCGGCAUUAGAGGGUCGAGACAUCAUUGCCCGCGCAAAGACUGGAACUGGAAAGACUUUAGCCUUUGGAAUUCCUAUAAUUAAACGCCUCACUGAAGAUGAUGAAGAGCAGCGAGGUUCUCAGAGGCGGAGUGGUCGUCUUCCUAGAGUUUUGGUUCUUGCACCAACCCGUGAGUUGGCAAGGCAAGUAGAAAAGGAGAUCAAAGAAUCAGCAACUCAUUUAAGUACUGUCUGUGUUUAUGGAGGUGUGCCUUAUAGUGCACAGCAAAAUGCUCUUUCACGUGGAGUCGAUGUAGUUGUUGGAACUCCUGGUCGAAUUAUUGAUCUGAUAAAUGGUAAAAGCCUCAAAUUAGGAGAAGUUCAAUUUAUGGUUCUUGAUGAAGCUGAUCAAAUGCUUGCUGUUGGAUUUGAGGAGGAUGUGGAAUUAAUCUUGGAACAGCUUCCAGCUCAGAGACAGAGUAUGCUCUUUUCUGCAACCAUGCCUGGUUGGGUGAAAAAGCUAGCACGAAAGCAUCUAGACAAUCCUUUGACUAUUGAUCUGGUUGGUGACAAAGAGGAAAAACUUGCAGAGGGAAUCAAACUUUAUGCCGUAUCAGCCAAUGCAUCUUCAAAACAGCCCAUUCUCGGUCAUCUUAUAAAUGUUUAUGCAAAUGGUGGGAAGACCAUUGUUUUCACUCGAACCAAAAGAGAUGCUAGUGAAGUCUCAAUGUUAUUAUCAAAUAACAUAGCCUCUGAGGCAUUGCAUGGAGGUAUAUCCCAGUAUCAGAGAGAGAGAACUUUAAGUGCGUUCCGGCAAGGGAGAUUUAAUGUGCUUGUAGCCACUGAUGUUGCAGCCCGAGGACUUGAUGUUCCUAAUGUUGAUUUGGUUAUCCACUAUGAACUUCCCAAUGAUCCAGAAAUCUUUGUGCAUCGAUCUGGUCGUACUGGACGGGCAGGAAAAGAAGGUUCUGCAAUUUUGAUGUUUACUGGUAACCAGAGGAGAACAGUCAUGUCUUUUGAGCGUGAUGUUGGGUGCAAAUUUGAGUUUGUUACCCCACCAACUAAGGAUGAGAUUGCGGAAUCAUUAGAGUCAUUGUCAUCUAUUGACCGCGCGGUUGCUAGUUUUAGUAGUGGACGGGGUGAGGGGAAUAGCUACGGGGCACGUGGGGGUGGUUUCCGAACCUCUAGGAGUUGGGGCGGUUCUGAUAACAAUGAUUAUUCAAGCAGGAGUAGUGGUCGAAGUAGUGGACGAGGUUCUGGUGGACGAGGCAGGGGACGUAGUUAUGGGGGACGUGGGGGAGGUGCUCGAAGCAGCAGGAGCUGGGACAGUUCUGACAAUGAUGGCGAUUCAUUCAAGAGUAGUGGUCGAAGUAUGAGAAAGCCCUACAAUAGUUGGUCUGGUAACUCAAGGAGCAGCGGGGAUGAUUGGCUAAUCGGGGGGAGACCAUCAAGUAGGUCUCCAUCAAGGGGAGGAGGAGGAGACAGGGAUUUUGGAGGUUCUUGUUUCAACUGCGGACAAUCUGGGCACCGCGCAUCAGACUGUCCGAGCAAGCGAGGAGGUUUCUAAGUCCAACACUGACUUUUUAGACUUGUGGAGGACUGUAGGGCUUCUAAGGGCCAGGGCAAACGUAAAACACAAGAAAUUGCUUUACUGGUAUGGCAGCCAACAAAGUGGCUUCCUGUCCCGCUGUAUUUAUCAAAUGUAGUAAGAUCCAUAUGCGAACCAAGAUAUUGGAAUUUUCUCCUGUAAUCUCAUUGUUUAUUUAAAAUGAUUUAUAUA